CGGCGGCGGCUGCCACGCGAGGCCGGGGGCGGGGAGGCGGCCUCCCGUCCCCCCUCCGGUGGCUCUACCGCCAACCCCGCGAGGGCAUUUCCUUCACCUCCUGCUGGUGCGGAAAAGAUGUCCCGCGUCCCCUUGGGAAAAGUCCUUCUGCGGAAUGUCAUUCGCCACACAGACGCCCACAACAAGAUUCAGGAAGAGUCCGAAAUGUGGAAGAUACGGGAGAUGGAGAAACAGAGCCAAGAGAUACCCUGGGGCAGACACGAGAGGACUCUUCUGAACAGCUCCAGCAGUCGGAUGCGUAGCGAUGGCUUUGAUGAGGACAGCCAACAGGCCACCGGGAGGACAAGGAAUAUGCCGGUUAUGGCUGCUGUGAGCCUUGAAGAUGACCUUCAACACACCCGGUACUGGAACAAGAAGCUCUACGAAUGUGAAGCUAACAUGCCGGACAGAUGGGGUCACAGUGGCUACAAAGAGUUGUAUCCAGAAGAAUUUGAUACAGACAGCGACCGGGAACAAGAACAAAACUCCGUGAAUGGCAAAAGGAAAUCUCAGUCGGGCAAGCCGAGUUCCGCGAAGCUGCACAAAAGGAAAAAGGCCAAAAAGUCACACAAGAAGAGCAGCAGAAAAGAAAUCUCACAAGAAGAAAAAGAGAAGAAACGCCAGGAGUUCGCUGAGCACGGCGUGGCGGCAGCUUCUUCCCAGGAGUCCGAGUGUUCGGAGGGAGAGCCCCCCAAGAGGAAGAGGAAGCGCCACAAGAAAGCCAAGAAGGCCUCGGAGCAGCCUCCCGCCUCGUCCUCGAUCCAGGCAGCGGCUCCAGCAAAAGCCAGCAGCUGCGCCUCCAGCCACUCUGGGGACAGUGACUCAGGGGAGCCGGCCAGGAAGAGGCGGAAACGCCAGCUUCCCGUCGAAAGAACAAGCGACCGGGAGCCGGAGAAGCGCAACAAGAGGAAGAACUGGAAAGUGGCGGCUGACGAGAACUCCGAGGACAGCUCGGAGGAGGAUUAGAACCCAGCUCCAGGACACCCACACACACACCCCUGACCCAGCGCUGCUUGGAACAAACUCGGAUUUGGUUCUGCUGGCAGGGGAAGGGGGCAAUUUGAGUUUUCCAUGGGCCAGAGAGAAAAACAAAGGCUUGGAUUUCUUUUGCUGCCACGGAUUCUAGCCGGACAGUCCCUCUGUCGUCGUCCCCCCCAUCGGGAUGGGCCUUCCCAUGAAAAGUUCCGCUCUUGAAGUCGGCAGGAAGGCUGGAUGGUUAGGUCUCCCCCUUUGCCUUUGAAAAAUCACCUGUGGUUUAAUUUUUGUUAUUCGGGAAGACUUGCAGGCGGAUUGCAAUAAAAGGACGAGGGAGAGAGGUGAGGAAGUGUUCCUCGAGCAGGUAGGCAGGUUUUGCUCUCUGCUUUGAACAUGCCCUCUCUAUAGAGGUAAGUGGGAGCAGACUGGCUCGGAGUAAACCAAACAGACCCCCCCCCCCUGCAGCCUUCGUGGUCGACUUAAGUAGUCACCUCUUGAAGAAACGAGAGACCACCGCCUCUCCCUUACCUGGAAGAAUGCAGGUCAUCCUAUCCAUUCACUGCCAUUGGGGGGCCAGAUCGUGUUCUGGCUGGCCGUGCACGCUUCUUAAAUUAUCUCUUGCUGCCCAAAUUAAUUCCAGAGAAAAUGCAGAGUCUCCAGGUUCUUGUAGCUGAAUUAAUAGGAUGAGCAAGACGGGGAGGAUCUAUCUUGUGUGUGUGAUACCGAAUUAAGAGGCGGUUAUGGGUGAGAUUUCUUUCUCUUUUGGGGGGGGUAAAGCUCUUCAUGGCUUUCUAAUAAUGCCGAUUAAGUGGCUGUGGAAGGACAUUCCAAGGAUACAGCCCAAAUCACAUCUGCCCCUACCUCCCCAGAACUGCAGUUCUGCAAGAGGGACUGGGCACCCUGGCGGAGUUCAAAGCUUCCUUAACACACUGUUCUUCCUGAAAUAUGGGGAAGCCUUGGAAAUCAACAAAGAAAGAGAUUUACUAAAUAUGCCUUUACACACUGCGCAGGUUUGGUUGAAAACUGAAGGGCACUAACACAGAACAGUUCUCUAUUGCUGGCCAUCCCCAAUUCCCUUCAUAAAGUUUUGGAAAAUACUCACUUCAACUCUGCCAGCUUGUAUUAACACUCCCCCACCCCCCAAUUUGUCUAGCAUUAAAACGUCUGUGGAAUGACCCUGUUCUAAAAGGUAGAAUGAUAAGCUGGGCUUUUUUUUCUGGUCCUUUGUGUACAGGGAUAUAAAAAGUAUUUUGGAAAUAACUGUUGCUACGAGAAGCGAAGCCAUUGAAAUUGUUUCUAUGAAAAAUCAAAAACUUAUUUUUUUAUACAUACAAAAACACUGGCAUGAGUUGAUUUAAACGGUCUGCAGAAAUAAAGUGUUGACUUUCAGCCAAAAAAA